AUUUCAUAAAACACACUUACAUUUCAUAUUUGUUCCCAUUUAUGUCCAGCACGAUCCGGAACAGUGUACGCCUGGCGGUGAGGAUGGUAAUUUCAUUAUGUUUGCCCGCGCCACAUCGGGUGAUAAAAAGAAUAACAACAAAUUCUCCCCAUGCUCACUUAAAUCCAUAGAACCGGUGCUAAAUGCAAAAGCACGUAGCGCCAAAGGCUGUUUCACCGAGCCGCAGGCAUCAAUUUGUGGUAACGGUGUUGUUGAGCCGGGCGAACAGUGCGAUUGCGGCUGGGAGGAGGAUUGCAAGGACACAUGUUGUUUCCCAAUGUCACGUCAUCCGCGCAUCGACGAGAAGCCAUGCACACUAACACCGCGCGCCAUGUGCAGCCCAUCACAGGGACCAUGCUGCACUGGCGAUUGUAAAUUGAAAUUCGGCGAUAAGUGUCGCGAUGACAACGGCUGUCGCGAUCCGAGCUUCUGUGAUGGCCGCACGCCGCAGUGUCCGCCCUCGGUGAAUAAGGCAAACAAGACUAUUUGCAAUAAGGAAUUCGUUUGUUAUAUGGGCGAAUGUACGGGAAGUAUUUGUUUGGCCUAUGGCCUCGAGUCAUGCCAGUGCAUACCGGGUCCAACCGAUGACACAAUUAAAUCGUGCGAAUUAUGUUGUAAAUUGCCUGGCGAGGGCAAUGCAUGUCGCAGUUCGUUUGAAUGGAAUGAGCCACCAUUCGAUGUGCCGGACAUGUUCGCAAAGCCAGGCACACCAUGCAACGAUUACAAUGGAUAUUGUGAUGUAUUCCAAAAAUGUCGCGAAGUUGAUCCAUCGGGACCGCUGGCAACACUACGUAAAUUGCUAUUGUCAGAAGAAAGUAUUGCAACAUUCAAGAAAUGGGUGCAACAUAAUUGGUAUACCGUUGUGUUGGCAGCGUUGGGUGUAUUUAUAUUACUGAUACUCAGCACGAAGCUGCUGGCGAAGCGCUCGAAUCUGAAACUAAAAUCGGUGACCAUAAUACACAGCGCCACCACCGAAACCGUGCGUCUACCCGACGACAACAACGGCGUCAUCGUGCAUACGGCCGUCCGUACAAAAGUUCCGUUCAAGAAAAAAGUACGUGGCGAGCGCAGCAACAAAAGAAAGAGCGCCCACAGGAGCGGCAGUAAUGGGAAUAUACGCGCUGGCAAGGCGAAAGAUGGCGGUGGAAAGGUGGCCGCGAAGACCGGAGGCGAGUUGAUUGCGAAGUCGGCGCACGCGCAUAGUCGAAGCGGAAAGCUGAGCAACGCGGCGGUAGCAGCUGGACUGACGUCAGCGGGUGGUGUCAGUGGCGUAAAUGAUGAAGUCUCGAAACCCUCGCGCACCAAAAAGAAUCGCGUGGGUAGCGGUGGUGGUGCGACUGCACUGAAAACUACGCCAGUUGCAACAGCGCUUGGCACACCUUUAGCUACCACAGUUGGUGGCGUUAAACUGGAGAACGAAACGAAGUCGAGGUCGAAGCGCUUCAAGAAGAACAACAAAGAAAUCAUUGACUAUUCUUCACGCAGUGGUGCUGACGCGGCGAGCGUUAGCGGGAACGCGCAUACCAAUACCUUUGGCAAAGUGCAAAAGUANUUCAAAUUCGCGCUGCGGCUUUCCAAGAAUAUCAAGGUUAAAACGCACGUAAUUGGCGGCGCAGUCAACAAGCCGAAGCGACAGACACGCACUAGUACAAACGCAGCAGCGAAUGGUGCGGAUGGUAAACGCAAAAGCAGCAAUCAAAAUAGCGAGGGUAGCAAGAACUCUGGCAGCGGCGGUGGUGAGGAGAUGAAGUGCAAGCGCAUUGCGCUGCUACUCCGCAACAAUAACGAAGACAAUCAAAUAUUAACUUUAAAUGAACCGACCUACGAGACGCUAAACCCGAAAACCCUGCCCUCCAAGAUGGAGAACCCUUUCUAUGAGAAUUUGCAGUGCAGCGCACAAACUGGCGAAAUGCGCGCCGCCAACGCUGUCAACAACGACGCAGUGGCCACCAAUAGUGCUUCGACGGCAUCAAACGCGAACGGGUCCAACAAAUUGAACGCGAGUGUCAGUAAAAUACCAACAGACGCGCAUACAGCAACUGUUGCUGGUGGCGCGUUACAAAAACAACGCGCACACAACUAUAACCGCUCCAAUUCGUUCUCAACUAACAAUCCAUUUGCCAGCAGUCAUGCAGCAGCGUCUAGCGCGCGGAAACUGAGCGAAAGUAAUACCAUGCAGCAGCAGCAACAGCACGCGCCACCCGCCAGCAAUUUGGGACGCAACUUUGGAAGCACACAAAACCUCGGGCAGGCGGCACAAAAUCAAAAUCAUUUAGCCAAAUCGAAGAAGCGUAGUAGUUUGAACUUAAAGUUGAACAGCGCCUCUAAAAACAGCAAAGAUCCGCCGGUAGCGGCACGGCGCAGCAAUUCAAAUAUGAAUUUACGCAGCCAUGCUGCGGCCAACACAUAUCAACCAAGUACCUUCCCAAAUGCCACUUCCACAUAUGCCAGCAGCAAUGGCGCCAAUGCGACUGCAAUAGUCGCUGCAGCUGUGCCUAUACCCACAGAGCGGCAGCUGCGGCGCAGCUCCAGCAGUAUAGCCUAUCAAAAUCAGCCAAAAUCCAACAGCAUUGCAAAUGCCAGCUCCGCGCUGCCGGCAACUACUUUUACCACGGCGCUACCUGCCGCGCACACUAGCUUCAGCAACAUACCACGUGCCAGCCUCAGUGCCGCGCUCAACAACGGCGCCAACGCCAACGCCAAUGCCAAUGCCAACGCCAGCG